UUUUCUUUUUACAGGUACGCAUCAAUCAUCUCAAUUCCCAAGCCACCUGAAACUAACCGAAGAAGAAGCGAAACUUCAAUUUGCCUCUCUCUCUCUCUUCACAUGAUGGUUGAGAGUCUUCUUCUACUCCUGUCUUUUAUUGGUGCCUUAUGACACGUUUCGACGUCGCUCCAUUUCUGCUCUGUGAGAGAGGAUGGGACGAGUGGACGACGUACCUAAAUUCAGCACAAACGACGCUGGAGCAGUGAUCGAGUCAUCGGCUUCGUUCUUUCUAUUUUAGUUCCGUGAAAGAAGUGGGUUCAUUUUCUCGGUUUCUUUCGUUUCCAGGAGCAAGAUCAUUAGAUUACUGCUAUUGUAGGUAGAACCCACAUGGUUAAAGCUCUGAACCGGCGGGAUCACCGACUCCGAAGGGCUGAAGUCUCUGAAUUCUGUACCGGGUAUUUGAGACUUUUGUAGCUUUAUCAUUCUGUGGUUGAGAUUCGCUGCUUGAAGCUGACCCCACGUGAAAAUUGCAAUCCGUCAAACAUGAUUGAGAGGAUAAAUAGAAAUUAAAGGGAUUAUGGUAUUUUUUCCUCUGCGAGGGAGAUAUUGUCAUAUUGAGCUAUUUUAUUUUUAUCCUCAGACCUCAGGUGGGUUCGGUUCUUUUUUCUGAGCUUUGCUGGCAUCAAUUAGCAGCUCCUCUGCUUUUCUGAGCUGCGCUUCAGUCACUAUAAUUAUUUCUCUAAGGUGGGUUUUUGGUUACUAUUAAUUAAUUUCUGCUGCGGAGGUUCGUCUUGGUGAUUUGGGUAUCGAAGGAUUUGCAUUGGAUAAGAAGAAGACGGGGGUUUUGACAGGCUUUACUUAUUUGGCGCAUAGGGCGCGUAUGCCGGACUGAGUAUGCCAAUUGAAGUAAGACAGAUGUUUUCCGCAAUUUGGGUUCUAGUGAAAUAAUCAAUUAAGUCGGAUGGUUGGACUUUUGGAUUUCAAUUUUGAACUCGGUUGAAAGGGGAAGAGGGCAAGGGUAAGAAAGUUGUGAAAUCGUGUGGAAAGGUUUCUUGUUUCUAUGGCAUCCGGAUCAAUUGACGAAGAUACUAAUGACAAAGGGAGCAUGUGGGAUUUGGAUCAGAAGCUUGAUCAGCCCAUGGACGAGGAGGCUGGAAGAAUUAAGAAUAUGUACAGAGAAAAGAAAUUCUCAGCAGUGUUGGUUUUGCGGCUUGCAUUCCAGAGUCUAGGAGUUGUCUAUGGAGACUUGGGCACGUCUCCCUUGUAUGUUUUCUACAAUACGUUCCCUCGUGGAAUCGAAGAUCCGGAGGAUAUCAUUGGAGCUCUCUCAUUGAUUAUAUAUUCUCUUACUCUUAUCCCGCUCCUGAAGUACGUCUUUAUUGUUUUGAGGGCUAAUGAUAAUGGUCAAGGUGGAACAUUUGCUCUUUAUUCGCUGCUCUGUCGACAUGCAAAAGUAAAAACUAUUCCAAACCAACACCGGACAGAUGAGGAGCUAACAACAUAUAGUAGACACAUAUUCCCUGAGAAGUCAUUUGCUGGAAAAACCAAAAAAUGGUUGGAGGCACAUGUGUACAGGAAGAAUGCACUCCUUAUUCUUGUCCUUGUUGGGACAUGCAUGGUUAUUGGGGAUGGCAUUCUCACCCCAGCCAUAUCAGUUCUUUCAGCUGCCGGAGGGAUCAAGGUUGAUCAUCCCAAGAUGAGCACUGAUGUGGUUGUAAUUGUAGCAGCAGUCAUACUAGUGGGUUUAUUUAGCAUGCAACACUAUGGAACAGAUAGAGUUGGAUGGCUUUUUGCUCCAAUUGUGCUUCUUUGGUUUCUCUUAAUUGGAGGUGUUGGUAUUUUCAACAUAUGUAAAUAUGAUAGCACUGUGCUCAGAGCUUUCUCUCCUGUUUAUAUCUAUCGAUAUUUCAGGAGGGGAGGGAAAGAUGGUUGGACAUCCCUUGGAGGGAUCAUGCUUAGUAUUACUGGGACAGAAGCACUCUUUGCUGACCUAUCCCAUUUUCCAGUGUUGCCUGUUCAGAUUGCAUUCACUAUAGUUGUGUUCCCUUGCCUUCUUUUAGCCUAUUCAGGACAAGCUUCUUACCUCAUGAAAAACCAGGAACAUGUGAAGGAUGCAUUUUACCGCUCAAUUCCAGAUGGUAUAUAUUGGCCAAUGUUUAUUAUUGCAACUGCAGCUGCUAUUGUUGCUAGCCAAGCCACCAUAUCUGCAACGUUUUCUAUAAUCAAGCAGGCCCUUGCACUUGGCUGUUUUCCAAGAGUCAGGGUAGUUCAUACAUCAAGGAAGUUUCUUGGGCAGAUAUAUAUUCCAGAUAUUAAUUGGAUUCUUAUGAUCCUCUGCAUUGCUGUCACUAUUGGCUUCAAAAACCAAAGCCAGAUUGGAAAUGCUUAUGGCACUGCAGUUGUGAUAGUUAUGUUGGUCACAACACUUCUCAUGAUUCUAAUAAUGUUACUGGUUUGGAGGUGCCAUUGGAUUCUUGUCCUGAUCUUCACCGUUUUAUCACUGGUUGUGGAGUGUACAUAUUUCUCUGCUGUACUUUUCAAGAUUGAUCAAGGUGGCUGGGUCCCACUUGUGAUUGCAGCGGCCUUUCUUCUCAUUAUGUAUGUUUGGCAUUAUGGAACGGUUAAGAGGUAUGAAUUCGAGAUGCACAGUAGGGUCUCCAUGGCCUGGAUCCUUGGUCUGGGUCCCAGCCUUGGAUUAGUCCGAGUGCCUGGGAUUGGCCUGGUAUACACUGAACUAGCAAGUGGUGUACCACACAUUUUCUCACACUUCAUCACCAAUCUCCCUGCCAUUCAUUCUGUUGUUGUAUUUGUGUGUGUGAAAUACCUCCCCGUCUAUACUGUUCCCAUAGAAGAGAGGUUUCUGGUAAAACGAAUUGGGCCAAAGAACUUCCACAUGUUCAGAUGUGUGGCAAGAUAUGGCUAUAAAGAUCUCCACAAGAAGGAUGAUGAUUUUGAGAAGAUGCUUUUCGAUAGUCUUUUCUUAUUUGUCCGGCUCGAGUCAAUGAUGGAGGGAUGUUCAGACUCAGAUGAGUACAGUUUGUAUGGACAACAAACAGAGCGAUCAAGAGACUUCUUACUGACCGAGAAUGGCAACACAAUCUCCUCCAAUUUAGAGGCUACAAUGUCAUCGGUUGAUUCAAUUGUACCCAUCAAAUCUCCACAGCAGACAAACAGUGGGAGUGUUGUUAGGUCAUCAGGGCAGACAAGCAGCCAGACUGAGGUGGAUGAAUUGGAAUUCUUGAAUAGUUGUAGAGGUGCUGGGGUGGUUCACAUACUGGGGAACACAGUAGUAAGGGCAAGGAGAGAGUCCAAAUUCAUUAAGAAGAUUGCUAUUGAUUACAUAUAUGCAUUUCUUAGGAGGAUAUGCAGGGAAAACAGUGUAAUAUUUAACAUUCCUCAUGAGAGCCUGUUGAAUGUUGGCCAAAUAUUUUAUGUAUAGUUCUUUUAGAUGUGAUCAAUAAGAAAAUCAUGUCAAGUUUUUUUCA